GAUUGUGUCUACCUUACAGUCAAAAUAAACGUCGUUAGUUGGGUCCAGAAUGGGUUUUGACCUCAAUGACAAGGUGAGUCUAGUGACAGGAGGAGCUGAAGGUAUUGGAUUAGCUUUUGCAAAGCAUUUGUUAGAAAAUGGUGUAAAAGCUGUUAUUAUAGCUGAUAUCAAUGCAGAAAAAGGAAAAUUAUCUAUAGGCGAACUGAACACUCAAUACGGCCAAAACAAAGCACAUUUUCUAAAAGUAAAUGUUACUGAUCCAGAGGAACUCGAAAACGCUUACAAAUACGCAUUUGCCCAACUUGGUGGAUUAGAUGUCGUAAUUAAUAAUGCAGGGAUAUGGAAUGAUGGCCAGUGGGAGCUAGAAAUCAGUAUUAAUGCGAUUGCCGUUACAAGAAGUACCUUUCUAGCUCUUCGGUACAUGGGAAAACACAACGGCGGAAAAGGAGGAGUGGUCGUUAAUGUAUCAUCAAUCGCUGGCCUUACUCCCAUGGAUAUUGUACCAGUAUAUUCAGGAACCAAACACUUUGUUUUAGGUCUUACGGGAUCGUUGGCAUCUCCUUUUUUCUACGAUUUGACAGGAGUAUCAUUUAGAGUUAUAUGUCCCGGUCUCACCAACACUAGGUUGAUCGGUAUUGGCAAAGAAAAUACGUUAAAAGAUUUUCCCGGUUAUAGAGAACAUGUGGAAGCAGGUUUCAGUGCAUUGACGGGUCAAUCGACUAAUGUUGUCGCAAAAUGUAUGAUAAAAGCUGUGACUGAAGGAGGAAAUGGAAGUGUAUGGAAUCCUGAAGAUGGUGAAAUACACGAGAUAGAAUUUCCAGACAGAUUUGCUUUACGAAAAAAAUGA